CAAAAUUAUGCGUUUCAAAACGGCGUGACCUUCGGACACCACCAUCCGCAUGAUUUAAUUGUUUUCUUGUUUUGCCAAUACACAAUAUACAUAUUAUCAACACUGAACUUUUGCUGCUUGAGUCUGAUUACUAUACGUCCGUACAUUUAGAUAUAGUGAUAUAUCCAACAGUUGUGUUGUACAGGUUUGCAACAUGGAUUGCGUCUAUUUUUAUGACCAUUUGGUGAUAUUCCGAAAAAUUGAUUAUAUCGAGUUAAAACUCAAAAAGGAAGUUCAGGGGUAUGAUUUAGGAUCCCAAGCAAGCGAAAAUACGCUAAACCUCGUAUCCCAACUUUUAACUGAAGCUUUGAAAGAUCGUGUAUCGCUCGUUUGUCCCAUCAGAGUUUGCAUAAAAGGCAAAAAAGACCUCCAUGGCCUAGGACUCAAAUAUAUUGGACAGCUCACUCAUGCAAUCCUCACCAAAGGUCCUCCAAGUAACACUCCGGCUGGUAAUGAAUUUCGCCAGUUUUGGGGCAAAAAGUCUGAACUUCGACGUGUUGAUGGUGAUUUAUGUGAAUGUGUUGUAUGGAAUGGUAAUUCUAAUGUCUGCAUGCAGAUCGUCAAUUUUAUUCUAGAAGAGAAACUCCAUUUAUCUUCAAAUGUUAACGUAUCAAAGCCGUGGUAUCACAUUUUACCUAAUCGUCUUGAUCCAUUUAUAAGCUUGCAUAGACGCAACCGAAAAGUCAACUUAGUUGCUGCCUCACCUCUUCGUCUGAUUAGAGCAAUGGAUAAACUCCGAGCAUUACUACGUGGAUUAAAUGAUAAACUUCCCCUUAAUAUUACGGGGAUUUUACCCUUAUCGUCAGCUUUUCGUGACACUUCGGUUUUCCCUCCUAUAUUGUCUUUUCCUAUGGCUAACCAAUCACAUCACGGGAUAAAAAAGUCAUAUUUUCAAACGGUUAAAUGGUUAUUGAGAAAAGCAUGUUUUCCUGUGUUCCCAUUGUAUGCAAGGACUAGUAUUCCGAAUCGUAAUUUCACAAUCAAAAGAACUUAAUUUAAUUCAGAAAUUAAGUAAUUCUGAAAUCAAAACAUAUAAUAAAAAUAAAACACUUUCGGAGACUGGUGAUGGUAGUUCAUUAUCUAUUGAAAUAAAUUCCGAAGCUGCUUGUUGGAUUCGUCUGAAUCAAAGUUUACCAACAUUAGCUGGUACACUUAGUGGUGUUUCACGUACUUAUGCACAUGUGUUUCCUAUGGCAUGUCGAUUAGCUAAACGUUGGUUAUCAGCUCAAGGGUAUCCAGUGAUUCUAUGUCCAUAUGAAGCGGAACUAGAUGGUCUACAUAAUUCAUCAGAUUUUUUUCCACAAUCUGAACAAUGUUCGUCUGCACUAUCUACUUGGUGGUUAAAAGAUUUUAAUACAAGUACCAAUGAUGGACGUAUGACUGAAGUGGCUGUUGAAUUAUUAGUUCUUUAUGCUUCUAAGCUAUGCGAUUCUGUUGAUUCCGAGUCGAAGGAAGCUAAUCUUACUUCGAUCGGAUCACCUGUUGCUGCAUUCCUACGAUUUCUUGAUUUAUUGGCUACUUAUGAUUGGGAAAACGCUCCACUUCUAGUUGAUUUAAAUGAGGGAUUUUCUGGUUGGUUUUCACUACAUUUUUUUCAUGCUUUUCCUUCUUAAUCUUCGGAGUUUUAGCAUAAAGGUAGUCAGCUUCCCAUAGUUAAAAAUGUAUGUACUGUUUGAUAUUACAAACAGUUCUCCUGUCUUACAAAAAGAAUAAUUUGUUUACUGUUUUUACAAAAUCAACUGUAUUACAUUAUCUAAUGGAUGAUAUCCACAAGGUUUUAUCAAGGUUCAUAACAAAAUUCUGCUGUCCAAACGGUGGUAUGUAGCAAUAUGUUUAGAUUCAUAAUCUAAGUCACGACCACAUAAAUCGAUCCCAAUUCAAACAUUAUCAGUUUGUACUGUUGUAGUCUUCGGAUGUCUGGGAAUUGACUAUAGUGUUUCAUAUUGAGCCUUUGCACUUUAAUCCAAUUGUUUAUGUUUUUCGACAUCAGAUAGGUCUCAUUCUAAGCCACUUAUCUCCAAAAUUACUAUAAUUCGUCUUUUUUGUUAUUUAAUCAGUCAUAAAGUAGACGCCAAGUUAAAACUGUAAAUUAUGUCUUCGAAUAAGAUGUUUCAGCGAGAAGUUCCUUUUCGAUGAUACCAUUUCUUAAUCUUUCAUAUUUUAUUUCAUUUUGACUACCAUUUGGGUACUACCUAACUUUAAAUUCUGACUAACUUUUAGUACUUUUGCUAGCAACUCAAAAAUUCUCUAUUUUUAUUAUGGACCACUCUAUUUAGAAAGUAACUCCAAAUUAGUGUGUGGGCCUAUAGUAAGUGAUAUCGUCGAAAAUUAAAUCCUUUUCGUUGAGAACUCUUUAUUUUAUUUAAUAACUCAAUAAGUUGUUUCUUUACUUUUUUAAAGGAAAUUUAUCAGUUAUAGCACAUAAAGAUAUUUAUUUAUUUAAACACACAUACAUUGGUACAAGGAGGUACCAAAUAGAUAUGCGCCACAUAAAUCAUUCGAUUUGUGUGAGGGAUGGGAUACUUCCCGGGUGCCCAAACCGAAGCAGGUGGUUUACUUAGGAGGCCACACCCCGAGCCUUGAACCUAAAGGUCUGAACCACAAGGCAGUGGAGCAUCGUGAGGAGAUGCAGUCCCAUGAUAGCCGGUGACCAACGAUUGGUUCAUACGCCAUUUGUUCCCACAGGAUACUGGAGCCCAUGUGCACCAUCGGUUUGGGAUCCGGUUAAAGCGCCGGACAUUCGCUUUUCGUCCUCUAAUUUUCGUGAACAACACCCCCACCACGAAAAAGCAGUGAGUAGGACUUCCCUGGCAGAGGCUGUAUACGCGUGGCCGUGUGAGAGCAUUUUGAGAGGGAGGGCGGGCCCACACCACUCGCGGCCAUACUAGGGCAUUUGGGGGCAUCAGUUGUAGCACUUAAAAAUAUGUAGCUUUUAAUAUUAUUCAGAUCUACUACUUCUCACACUUCAUGUCUUACAUGCACUGGUAGUUUAGUAUUGAGUAGUCAAUGCUUCUGACAAACUAGUAAAUUCGGAUCGAUACCGUAUUGUGAUGGCCAGAUUCAUUGUAGCAUAACUCUUAUAAUGUAAAAUUUUGUCACCUGUUUUAUCCCCGUUUUUUAAGUUGUUUUUCACUGCGUUUUCACUUUUCUUUAAUUAGUGUGUUUCUUUUUUUCAAUCUUUUAUCUCCCAAGUGGAUAUCAACAAACGUCAACUAGCUCUGGAUUUAUUUAAUCGUACACCUCGAUGUAAUUUACCCGCUUUAAUCAUAUGUACUCCACUUGACACAACUGGAACAGAAUGGACUGAAGUAGGACCAAGUCGAGGAGGUCUAAGUGAUUUGAAAUUGCUAGCGAGUCAGUCACGUGAUUUACUAAGAGCUAUGCUUGUUAGUAAUGCUCCGAUUAAUGAUCUACUGGUAAGUAGUAACCUAUUAUUAUUAUUUUAUGUUUUGAUAACGAUCAUGGUGAAUGAUUCCAGUGUUCUUUGUUAGUUUCGAUUUCGACGAAAUUAGCGAUAAGUCAACCGAAUGGUGGUCUGUGCUCAGUAAUUUGGGACUUUGAUUAUUAAUUAUCAGGUUGUAGAUUUGUUGGGGAUGCUAGAUCCCCAGAAAUCAUUUGGUAAACGACUUAUGACUGUAUUUUGAUUUCGCCUCUGAACCUACGUGACCACUCAUUCUCGUAUACCGUCCAGUCAUUAAGCCAACAGUUUGCAGGUAACUCCUCAUUGUCCAACACAUGUUAUCUAUGGUUGGAGCUGGUUAUGAAUGGAGAAGCUGAUUUUCUUACGCAUAUGGGCAUCGUCAACCGCGAGUGUGAACGCUUCGGACUGAAGUUACUGACUGAAGACCAGUUUAAAGCCCUCAUCCUCAUCUGUAGUCUCCAAUCUUAAAACUUCAGUGAUAUUAGAACACGGUUACUGUGCCGAUUAGAUCAACACCCCAAACUAACUCUUACUGAUAUUACAAAUCAAUAUCAACGUUUAAUUAAUCUGCAACGCGACACUACAAUGGUUCAGUGUGGUGGUUCCGAUCGCUCGGAAAUUCAUGUAAUUCAACAAUUAUCCAAUACAGUCAAAUCUGCCCCUGCUAUUUCUAUCCCAUCUCACGUGAGCUCAGUCCAACGGACAAAGACUAAUCGUCCUGCUCCCUGCUGGCACUGUGGUUCAAGGCAUUAUGUACGAGCCUGUCCGUUUAAACAACAUCGUUGCGGAAAAUGUAAAUCUGUUGGCUAAAAAGAUGGAUUUUGUCAAAAGAGGAAACUAAAUCGGUCCAUAAGUACUAGAAAGCCUUUUUCCAUAUCCUACACAAAUUCGUCGAGCCUAUUAGCAUCCUGUCGAAGCUCAACCCCAGGUGAAAUAAAAUUUAUUACCCUUAAUAUUAAUGGGCAUCCAUUUGAAGUGCAAAUAUAUACUACAUCAGACAUUCACAUUCAUGGAAAUUCGGGAUCAAAAUGGGCAGCCCUCGUAUAGCUCCAACAACACAAAAGCCUCGCACUGUAUGUGCUAAUUAUCUGUGUUUACUGGGACAACUAGAUUGCAAAGUGUUUUCCGUAAAUCGACGUUCACUGGGGUAUGUUACAUAACGCCAGCUGAUCUAGAAAGGUGAAUCAAUAAAGCACGAGUGAUUGACUUAUGUUGUGCAUUAGUAGUUAUUCGGUAGUUUCAGAUGUUCAGGGAUAUAUAUUUACAGUAUGCGUCCGGUAGUUGAUCUGGGCGCCGUAUUAUGAUGCAAGUCCUACAAAGUAGGACUUGAAUAGUAAGUUAAAGUUGCCAAACAACAUGUUUUAACCAUAAUGCAGGAUUCACUCCAAGGAAUCAAACACAAACUUGUAAUGUAUGGCAUCUUUCAAGAUGACUGCAAGUUCAAAUCAUUGAUUGAAUUUAAUUUCUUAUUGAUCCAGGUCAUUUUUCGUCCGGUCUUUAGUAAAACUGAUAUAGUACUCAAUGUCAAAGCAAAUAUUGUAAAUAUUCGUCAGUCAGAAUCGUUACAUGGAGCGUUGAAAAAAACACAGCUUGCUGUUCCUGAAACUAAUAAUGAUAGUGACGUACCUAUGGAAUUCCCAGAUCCUGGAGCCCGUUAUUGGCCACAAAGAUACUGUUAUGAUCCACUGAAUUGGUUUGUCAAAUUAUUGCGAGUAAGCAAUAAUGUUACUACUUGAUUUGACUUGUUAUUUAGUUAACGUUGUCUAAAUUCUGUCAUUUCAAACUAGUAAAGUUUAAAAAUGCUCAGUUAUUAGCAGUGAAUUAUUUGUUAAAAGCGUUAAACAUCUCAUCGUCAGUAAUCCAUUAGGUCUUAAGUUCGAUAACAAGCGAAAACCCGGUUGAUGAAUGUUCUUUGUUUUGAAGUGUCGGAGUUUCCUAAUUGUCAGUCUUUUUCUCUGAAACAUGGAUUUAUACAUAAUCUAAGGACACUUUAGUAAAGAUUUGGAAUCUGGAUGGAGUAAGUCUACAGUUUUGUGGUAGCAGUGGCACACGAAGUGUAGCUAUGUCGCUUUGCGUAUGCUGUUAGUUUAUUGUGGUCUAGGAUUCUAACCACUGGGUUGAGCGAACUGUUCUCAACGUCUAAGGACCAAAAAUCGGGCUUAUUCUAAUUUGUUCUAUGAAUUUGCUGAAAAUCUUUGCCAUCAUUAUUAGAUUUUUCAGUCAAUAGGAAUUUAGGCAACAACAUUUGUACUAACCGUAAUAUUUGAUCGUGUCAACUGAUUAUCACUUGAGUCUGAUUAUCUACAGUUUCACAUUAUUUCUCAUGUGUAUGUUAAAAUUCAUGAUGUAGAUUUUUUGAGGUUGAUGCAUCAUUAAAUGUAAGUUCGAAACUUCCAAAACUGAACUAAUUAAGUUGCGCGGUGUUCACACACACCUGUCGUAUACUUUAUCAUACGAUUUUCCGUUAUUUAGGAAAGUCUUUUGAGAUAUUCUUACAAACAGCAUUCAUGCAUAAAGUUACUAAGAGUUCAUCUAUUUUAUAUAAGGGAACUGCAUGUUUAAUAGUUAUGGUUCACAAUAUAUAGAAAUCGGUAAUUAGUGACGGACAAUCCAGGUUUGAUCUUUGUGUAUUUGCUUUUUAAUGUUUUGUUCUUCUGACUGGUUUUCAUCCAGUAGUGUUCAAAAAGCUUGACAUUUGAAUUGGAUACGCCAUCGUCUUUCUGUAAGCCUAGAGGUAAAAUAAUAUAGCUUAUCGAUUAGAAGUGGUCACUUGUUUACCUAUAAUCCUGGUUAGAAAUUAGCGUUAUUUUCAUUGAUAUUCAUCUCUGUUAAAUUGCAAAACUACUGUACAGAAAAAUUCAGAUUUAACGUUACACAAUUAGUUUGUAGUAACAGAUUUACAACACUACAAUUCAUGCACUUAAUAAUGUAAUCACUUUCACUUAAGAAAUUAAUCACCUUUUAGUAUAUUUGGAUUGUGGCUAGCAGUGGAAUCCAGAACAUGGGUUUCCUCUUAUCCAAGAAUCGUCAUUUGGAUGUAGCUGUAUCUUAAGGUUUGUGUUAACACUGAAGCAAUAAGUACUGGGGAAUUACAAGCCCUCACAAAUAACUUCAUACUAAGCGAAUAAGUUACUAGCUACUUGGACUGAAAAUCUUAGUGGUAACUUAAAUGUUUAAAGUGGUGGGUACUGAGUUCGAGCCUUUAGCGUGAAUAUCGUCAAUAUCAAGGUGCAGGUACAUCCCGUAUGGAAUGGGAAGGGAAUUCUGAUUUCCAUCGUUAGCCACAAUCUUAAUAUAUUAAUAAAUUAUGUCUACGAAGUAAUGUUGAAGCAAUCUGUUAUCAAGGAGGAUUUUAUAAUUUUAUGAUCGGGUUUUAAUUUGUUACAUUGAGUGAGCGGAUUGCAGAUUGGUAAAUAAAACAUUUAUUUAAAGUGGUCAAGUAAUGACUGCUUAUGAGACCAUGUUACUGAUUGAAACCCCCGAAUGAAACAAUAUCAAAAACAAUUACUAACUGGAAGAAUAAGCUUUCCAAUGAAUUGAAACGUAACUAUUAGACUUAGCUCUUGCCCAUGAUAUCACAGUCCGCUCAGUAUCCACAUAUGCCAAAAGAAACUGAUCCUUUUCUUUCCUUAAUAUUAACAGCAGGAUAGUAAAAACCUAAUCAGUUCAGCAACUCCUUCGAUUUAUAUUCCUAUUUGGGUUCUAGUACCUUAAACUGUUGUGUAUGAUUAUUUGCUAGUAAAACGAACUUACAAAGUAUUUUAUCUUUCAACAUAAUUCGAUAUUUUAAGAAAAUACAAUUAUUUUGACGCUGAAUGUCCAAUAUUUUCGAUCAUGUUUUAUACUAUUUGUUUGCCUCGUCAAGUUACGUCUAGGCAGGUUUUUUGAAAUCCGUUGGGAUCGUCAUGGCGGAAAUUGGAUAGCUCUACGAUGGCGUCCACAUUUCAUCCAAACAAUCAAUUCAAAAGAUCGAGUUACAUUAGUCCAAUCAAUAUUCAAUUCCGAUUUGUUGGAUGGUUUAACUCAACAUGCAAACGGCGGUCAACUUACUGAUUUAGUUUGUAGUAAACCAUCUGAUCUACCUCUUGUAUAUAAUGAUUGUUCAUUGGUAAAUUUAUUGUCUGUAUGGGCCAAGAAAUUUAUUGACUUGCCUAUUAAUUAUAAUAAUUUGACAAACGGUAUUAACAUCAGCAAAAAACGAAAACACAACAUAUCUGAGGAGAACACAACUAAGUGUAUGAAGAACAAAAAGAAAAAAAAACUAAAAGAAUAAUUAAAGUGAUGUACCGAUUAUUACAUGUAAAUAAAUAAUUAAUUGACGUUAAAUUCUAUUUGUGCAUAUGAGUAUUUGUCUAACUCUGGUGUUAUUGAGUUGCUAUUGAUCGGUUCAACCAUUCAAUUCUGUCAUCUUUCCAAACUUUGAAUUCUUUCCACGUUUGCUUCGUCAAGAUGAUCUGUAGUCAAUCCGGUUCUGUUAUCACAUACAGCUUCAUCUAAUUAGGCUAUGAGUUACAUCUGUUGUGCUGUAAGAGUUACUGACCCCUUGGCUACUCAA